CCUGAGCUCACCAUUCUGCUGGUUGUGCAACAACAAUACAGAAGUCACUAUGUUUCUAGGCUCAACCAGGACAAAGCUCUAUUGCUGCUUCGUCUUUCUCCUUUUCGCUACUCUUAUUGGCAAAUCGGCCGCGUCUCUCGGCGAUCACCUCCCCGACUUCAAGGAAUGCGUCAAGGUCUGCAAGGCUGAGAACUGCCAUGAUGGAAACUCGGUGAUUCCUCUCCAUCUUCGUCUCAUGCUGUGGACGUGUCCUUCCGAGUGCGAUUAUACCUGCCAACAUGUCGUGACAGACCGUCGUGUCGCUCGUGAUCCCCCGAUGCUAAACCCAAUACUACAAUUCCACGGAAAAUGGCCGUUCCGCAGAAUCCUCGGCAUGCAAGAGCCCUUCUCUGUUCUUUUCUCCCUCCUCAAUUUCCUCGCCCACUGGCAUGGCAUGGGUAGAAUCCGAGAAACCAUCCCCUCGUGGCACUCACUCAGGCCCUACUAUAUGGCGUUCGGAUACUGCGGGCUAGCGUGUUGGACGUUUAGCGCGUUGUUUCACACUCGAGACCUCGCAUUGACCGAGAAGCUGGAUUAUUUUGGGGCUGGAGCUAACGUGAUGUACGGACUAUAUCUUGCGAUCAUUCGAAUUUUCCGUCUAGAUGAAGAAGACCCCCGCCAUAAGCCGACUCUGCGCCGUCUCUGGACAACCAUUUGCGUCCUCCUUUACACUUUGCACGUGUGCUAUCUGAGCUUCUGGUCCUGGGACUACACCUACAACAUGAUUGCGAAUGUUGUGAUAGGGAUGGCUCAGAACAUCCUGUGGGUGUCUUUCAGCAUCUAUCGUUAUAGGAAGUAUGGUAAAACUUGGAUGACCUGGCCCGCGCUGAUCGUGGUUUGGAUUAUCUUGGCCAUGAGCCUGGAGCUUCUCGACUUCCCGCCCUGGAACGAGCUCAUUGACGCACACAGCUUAUGGCAUCUGGGGACAGUGAUUCCCACGGCGUGGUGGUACUUCUUCCUCAUCAAAGACAUUCAGAAUGAUGUAGCAGGAGAAAGAUUGAAAGCCUAGGCUGGCUCAUGGAGGCCGCUUCGUAUUCUGCAAAACACUUGGUUCUGCUUCCCGCCAGUAGCAGUUCGGUUG